UUCUCUUAUCUACAAAUGUUUCAUCAAUUCAUAAUUUUUCAGGUUGGAAGCAAUGAGGGAGGCUGGAGUUCAAUUCGGAGCUUUGUAUCUCCAGACAAAGAAUUGGAUGAGACUAUUGCAUUUGUUUUUGGAGAUAUGGGAACAUCUCUUCCAUAUAAAACAUUUCGUUGGACCCAGGCAGAAAGUGAGCUAACCAUAAAAUGGCUACUGCGAGACCUUGAAGAACUUAGGGAUAAGCCUGCAUUUUUAUCUCACAUUGGCGAUUUGAGUUAUGCCAGAGGCUAUGCAUGGUCAUGGGAUUCCUUUUUCUCUCAGAUUGAACCUCUCGCAUCCAAAUUCCCCUAUCAUGUAUGUAUAGGAAAUCAUGAGUAUGACUGGCCACAACAACCGUGGAAACCUUCAUGGGCAAGUUCAGUUUAUGGGACUGAUGGAGGUGGUGAAUGUGGGGUGCCUUAUAGCCUGAAGUUUCAUAUGCCUGGCAAUUCUUCAUUUCCAACAGGAAAUUCUUCUCCAGCAACUCGAAAUCUCUACUAUUCUUUUGAUGUGGGAGUUGUUCACUUUGUGUACAUCUCAACUGAAACAAAUUUUCUCCAAGGAAGUGAUCAAUAUGCUUUCAUUGAGCAUGACUUAAGACAAGUUGAUCGCAUUAAAACUCCAUUUGUAGUUGUUCAAGGUCACCGUCCCAUGUAUACCACAAGCAGCAGGAUAGGAGAUGCUCCUAUUAGGGAAAAAAUGCAGGAGCACUUAGAACCUCUUUUUGUGGAGUUUGGUGUCAAUCUUGUUUUAUGGGGUCAUGUUCAUAGCUAUGAGAGGUUUUGCCCACUAAAAAACUCCUCAUGUGGAAAUAUGGAUAUUGGAGCUAACCUUCCAAUACAUGUUGUGGUUGGAAUGGGUGGAAAUGAAGUGCAACCGCAAUGGCAGCCUAGGCCUGAUCAUCCAGCAGAUCCUAUUUAUCCACAGCCUAUUGGGUCCAUAUAUCGCAGCGAGGAGUUUGGUUAUACACGUAUGCAUGCUACAAGAAGCAAACUGUCAGUUUCCUAUGUAGGUAAUCAUGAUGGACAAGUCCACGAUAUCUUAGAAAUACGCCUGAAAGGCAUUGAGAUAGUCUCUUCUAGCUGGAUUUGGUUUCUAAAAGCAGUUUCCUUAUUCCUGGUUGGAACUUUACUUGGUUUUUUUGGUAGUAUAUUGUACUACUACACAACAGGAAAAAAAUCUCGCAACGUUCAGUGGGCAACACUGAGUAACUCUGACUUAUAGCUACCAUAAUGCAAGGAGGCACACCAAUAUAGGUUCUGCAGUCUUCUUUUUAACAAAUGACAACAAUUGUCUUGAACUUAGCUAAUUAGUACUGAAGCAUUCGAAUCAACUGGUGCUAUACUGCCAUCCAAGCGUCAAGCUUUCUACAUUUCAGACUUUCUCCAAGUCUGUGUUUUGUUCUUCGGCUUAUUAUCAGUAAAUUGUUUUGUUGUUUCUGCAAAUGAAACUCAACUUCUCUGUUCAAGAUAUACAAGAGUGGCAAAAUAUUAUCGUAGUAACAACAGUUCUGUUGAAAAACGAGCACAUUCUAUACUAUUUGUAGGAAGAAGAUGGUAACAAUUACACUAUAACUCUUGCUUUUGAUUUGGGUAUUUACAGAUCAUGUUUGUUUGUUUGUUUGUUUUAAUUGGAAUAGAUCAUAUUUGUUAUA